AUGAGCCAUUCUCCCCAAGAGUCGCCCCCAAAGGAUGCUUACCCAGAGUCAGGAAAACCUCCAACUGAGGUUCAUUCUCCCCAAGAGUCUCCUCCAAAGGAUGGUUACCCAGAGUCAGGAAAACCUCCAGCCAAUGUUCAUUCUCCCCAAGCGUCUCCUCCAAAGGAUGCUUAUCCAGACUCAGGAAGACCACCAGCUGUGCUUCUAUCUGUUAAUCCAAAUAAUCCACCGACGACAAAAGAGUACUCAAUUCCAAGUGGAGCUGAUGUUCCAAAUGUAGCUGAGCCUGUGGUGGCAUAUCCGGAUCCGAGCUAUCACCAAGUCGAAGCUAAUGUUUCCUCCAAAACAGGGAAUCCUCCUGUUUCUUUAUCUGCAUCGAAUCCUCCGGAAGGGUAUCCACAAGCUCUAGCUUCACCAAAAGUAAAGCCGUCUUCUGGUUGUUGUAGUAGUUGUAGCAUCUUAUGA